CUUUUCAUCGGAAACCGGACAUUUGUAGGUGGGUCUUAAAUCUGUUUGUCGAGUUAGUCGUUUUUCUUUUGUUCGUCUCUGACCACGCUCUUAAAGCUGCAGGAAAGUUAAAACUGCUAAAAUGGCUUUUUAUCAACAACAGCCGUUUUACAACCCGAGAAUCCCAUUCAGUGGCCAAAUCCAGGGAGGCCUGCAGGAUGGCAAGGCCAUUAUCAUUAGUGGACGGGUUUUACCAGGAGCUAACAGAUUUCAUGUGAACCUUCAGUGUGGUUCUCAUUCCGGGGCUGAUAUUGCUCUGCACUUUAACCCACGCUAUGAGAGUCCUGGGUAUGUAGUGCACAACACCUGCCAGAGCAGGUGCUGGGGCUCAGAGGAACGCAAAUAUGAAUCUCCCUUCCCCCAAGGCCAACCAUUCACCCUCCAGAUCCUUGUCGAGCAGGACAAAUACAAGAUAUCUACUAAUGGGAGACACUUCAUGGACUUUAGACACCGUAUUCCAUACACUCAGGUGGACACCAUCUCAGUGGAUGGAAUGGUGGAGUUGAACUCUAUUGCCUUCCAGAAUCCUGCGCCCUAUUUACCUCCACAACCAGCCUUUCCAGGUUAUAUACCACCUCAAGCAGGGUAUCAGCCUCAGUAUGCUGUACCUCCAGGAUGUGGGUUCCCGGCAUACCCAUCUGCACCCAACUAUACUGUCCCAUACAAAACCGUCAUCAAUGGUGGACUUUACCCUGGCAAAAACAUUGUCAUCAAUGGAGUUAUCAACCCCAGUGCUAACAGAAUAACAUUUAACCUGCGCCACAGAAGUGGGAUUGCAUUUCACUAUAAUCCUCGUUUUGAUGAGAAAGUGGUUGUGCGCAACACCAAUCAUAUGGAGCAGUGGGGUACGGAGGAUCGGUCCGGAGGCUUGCCCUUUCAAAGAGGACAACCUUUUCAGGUCGCCAUCUCCUGCAACCCCCAUCAUUACAAUGUGUUUGUCAAUGGCAAACAAGCACACACUUACAAACAUCGCUUCACAAUGCUGAACGACAUCGAUAUUUUGGAGAUUUGCGGAGAUCUGCAGUUGACUUUAGUGCAGGCUUAACAGGGAUCUGUGAUGUUUCGUUUGUAAGUCACUUUUUAAAGACAGAUAAGGGAAAGCAUUGCAAAUUAUUAAAAAGUAGAAUUGCUUUUAAAUACAGAAAAAUGGCUGAGUGUAAACAUGAACAGCACUGUGAUUUUGCUAUUUUGAAUGAACAUAAAACCCUUUUUUGUUAUGUUUAGCUUUCUGUAGUAUUAUGUAGUAGGCUAUGUUAUGUAUAAGUUCUUAUUCUAUAUAGCCAUCUUGAAACUCUCAUCACUCUUGCUGCAUUUUUUAACUAAUAAUCUACUAACACAAAUAAACAGCGCAUUAUAAUAUAAGCCUAUAUUAUAAUUCCAAUUAAUAUACCUUAUACAUCUGUCCAAAAUGUCAUGAAUUAUGUCAAAUUAAGGAAAGCUAGCCUGUUUUUAUUUAUUACAAAUAGUGAAAAGAACGGUGCUAGUGAUGUUUACAAUGACUUUUUGGUGUUUCCAAACAACAAGCCCUAAUAAGUAGUUGCUUAUCUCCA